AUGGGUUUAAUUAGUUUGCAUCGAAAAUAUUCAUUUAUUGACUAUCAGCAUCAUCUGUGCUCGUUUGCAAGCUUGAUAAAAUUGAUAGCUAUAAUUGGUGCAUUCCUAAUUCCAAUAGUAUUAAUUUUGAAAUUAAACAUUACUGAAAGUCAAUUUUUGUCAUUCGAACAACCAAUUGUAAAGUUUCAAUAUAAAUACAUCCUUGUAGCUGAAAAUUCAGUCGACAAUGAUACUGGAAAGGGUAUAUUAUGUAGCUCAUUUGAUGCCUUAAAUCAAUUCAAUGAAACGAAAAAAUGUUCAAAAAUUCAAAUAAGUGAAAAGGACAUAAAUUACGACGGAACUAUAGAUGAACUGAUGUUCUCAUUUGAAUUCAAUACAAUUAAUAAUUACGGAAUCAAGUCGGUUAAAAUUAUGUUGUUCCUCGAUGCAAGAAUUGAAAGUCAAUGUGAAUUUCGGAUUCCUGCCGCAGUCAUCGUGAAGAAAAAGUUGAGUGAAAAUUUCUACAAUCGGAAAAUUUUAAUAUUUGGAAAUCUUGAAGUUUCUCAGAAUAUAGCAUUAGUGUGUCCAUUUUUCCUCAGAAAUGUUAAAUCUCAUUUUUAUUAUGAAACUCUAAAUGAAAAUCAAACAAACUUAGAAAAGUAUCGAUUGUCUUCAAUCCGUGAACAACUCCAGCAUAAUCCAAUGCAUUUUAAUUUUAAGGAAACAGCAACGGACUACGAGCAAUUUAGCGAUGAAAAAACCACAAUUAAAGUUGGUGUUAAAAUUCCUGAGCUAGCUAUACGUUAUCAGAAAUCUUUUUGGCAAAAGUUUAUGAGUUUUUGGAUGCAGUUUCUGUCACUUUUCAUCAUAACUAUAGCAAUUGAGAAUUACAUCUUAAAUUAUUUAUUUGAGAACCGUUUGAUAAUCACUCGACGAAAGAACUACAUUAAGGACAAAGAAUUUUAA